GAAUGACAACCGGUGCAAUGUAGAGGAGUGCUUAUGGUUAAUGUGAACGAGGCUUUGUCUGAAUCGGUCCCAUUGAGCCUGCUGCUCCAGCACGAAUGAUGCUGAUGCUGCGCCCACGCUCAAAUGUCUCUACUGCGCAGUCGCCGAUGCAACGAACGCAGUAAGAGAAAGGAGACGCAAUAAUGGCCCUUGAUAAUUUAAUUUUCGCCCAAUGCAUCCUCUAUUUUUUGGCGUUUGUUUUUGGUUUUAUUGCCGUAGUGCCUCUCUCUGAAAACACGGAGGAUUUUCAUGGAAAAUGCUUGCUUUUCACGCGUGGUAUGUGGCAGAAUGAGAACAUCACAGUCUCAAAGCAGCGCUUUAUCGUUGAGGAGUGGGGACCGGAGUCUUCCUGCAGUUUCAUCACUUUUGUCGGGAUAGCAUCUCUCAUCCUGUCCGCAGUGCAGUCAUGGAGACUGCUGUUGUUUCUUUUCAAAGGCCACGACGAUUCCCUGUUCAAUGCCUUCCUGAAUCUGUUGAUCAGCUCCUUGAUGGUGUUCACAGUGUUCCUCUCCAGCACCAUCAUUAGUGUGGGCUUCAACUUGUGGUGUGACACCAUCACAGAGGGCGGGGGCAUGCCCAGCAGCUGUGAGGACAUGCAGGACACCGAUCUGGAGUUAGGAUUGGACAACUCCUCGUUCUAUGACCAGUUUGCCAUUGCCCAGUUUGGUCUGUGGGCAGCAUGGCUGACGUGGCUGGGCAUCACGGUCAUGGCCUUCCUCAAGGUCUACCACAACUACCGCCAGGAGGACCUUCUGGACAGUCUGAUCCACGAGAAGGAGCUGCUGCUUGGACACUCGUCCCACCGGGGCUCCGAUGGCAACCAGUUGAAGAGUGGCAUGAUCUAACACCCAGAGGGCACGUGCACAUUACUGACACAUAUCCUCCUAUCCUACCCCAACUGCCAGCCCCUGUCAAUCUACACUGAGUGUACAAAAGAUUAGGAACACCUUCCUAAUAUUGAGUUUCACCCCUUUUUGCCCUCAGACAGCCUCAAUUCGUUGGGGCAUGGACUCUACAAGGUGUCAAAAGCGUUCCACAUGGAUGCUGGCCCAUGUUAACUCCAAUGCUUCCCACGGUUGUGUUAAGUUGGUUGGAUGUCCAUUUGAUGGUGGACCAUUCUUGAUACACACAAGAAACUGUUGAGUGUGAAAAAAUCAGCGGCUUUGCAGUUCUUGAUACAAACCGGUGCGCCUGAGACCUACUACCAUACUGCACUUAAAUCUUUUGUCUUGUCCAUUCACCCUCCCUCUGAAUGGCACACAAACACAAUCCAUGUCUCGGUUGUCUCAAAGCUUAAACAUCCUUUUUUAACCUAUACCCCCCCCCCCCUUCAUCUACACUGAUUGAAGUGGAUUUGGUGACAUCAAUCAAUAAGGGGUCAUAGCUUUCACCUGGAUUCACCUGGUAAGAGCAGGUGUUCUUAAUGUUUUGUACACUCAGUGCAAUUUUCAAUCAAGUGAAAUCCAUUAACUGUUUUUAGAGUGCAUAAUAAUGUCUUGCUUGGACAUACUCCUCCUCAUACGUUUCCUGAUUUUCCCCUUGAAAACGCUGCUCAUGACUGUAAAGCGCUGUAGGGUAAAGAGAUUCCGGCUGUAUUGUGGAGCUGAUUCAAUCCAUUUGUCCACUUGCUAUAUUUGUAUUUGAUAAUGAGUUACUGCUGACAUGUCUUCCCCUUCAAGGCACACACUGGAGCGUAAAUGAGCUCAGAAAAUCAAGGUCAUUUAAUGAGGAUAGAAAUGGUGCACUGAGACUCGUUUUUACCGUGAUUUCCAUUUAGCUGCACAUAGAUGGUGACUCACACAAGGUGGUUAAAGAAUGGUUCAAAUGGAUCAUAUUUUCUUUGUUUUCAUUUUUUGCAUGUACUGUGUGAAUAUAGACAGUGUGAGCAGGCUGACAUUUUUUUGUGUUGGGCAAUAUAUUAUUUUGUAACAGUCGAAUACAUUCAUGAUAGGCUUUCAGUAAUGUGUAAAUUCUUUGCAUGCAUGCAGCAACAGAGUAUGACAUAUGAUUUUCUGUCUGUUAUGCAGUAUCUACAAUUACCAAACAGUAUUUUAAAAAAAAUGAAAAGUGUACUUUGUUAGAACUGACUGGAACAUAUCUCAGGAUGAAAUGCCUGAAAAUCACAUAAGUAGCUAAAUCAGUCAUUCUGUUCAUCCUGAUAAUCAUAAAAGCUCAGGCUGGCCCCUCCUUUGUUAUUUAACACAAUCUUGACGCAAAAAAAAAAGAAGUUUUGACAGUGAGUGAGAAGCCUGUAACAUAGACGAGAUGACACAUUAUCCAAGGCUAGUUCUGUGUUGUUGUGCGUGAGGAAAUGUAGCCUGCGGCGUGGAAAGAUGGAUCAUCAUUUUAUUGCACACAUGCAUGCUCUCGCUCUCACGCCAACGCACACACGCGAACACACAAAUUCAAAAGCAUGUUAGACUUUAAAAAGCUAGUCACCACCCUCACUGACUUUGGUAUGCAAUGACAGUUUUAUUUCAAAUUAUUCAAUUAAAUAAAAAAAGAUAGAAACUAAGAAAUCCUUCUAAAAGGCACUUCUUUCAAAGUGACCACAUACAGAUUGUCAGCAGUGAAAUGCAGCUACUAACCAAAAUGUGCAGAUACAGGCCAUGUUUACUUGCUAGGUAUUUGUGCUGCUAAUGACAGUAGUUCUGCUUGAGAGUGCAGAGAAAACCUUCAGUCUCAGUGUCUCUUCCAUUCAGACAUUGGUUGCAUCGUAUUGCUCAGAUUUCUUCCAACACUGACUCUUUCCUAUAGUUGUGUUCCCUGAAAGCUGUAUAAAGAAUAUGUAUUAUUGGAAACAA